AUGAGGCUUAUUACUUUCCCAGGUCAGGGGACUCCAAUAUCGUUACCUAUUUUGAAGGCACUCGUUAGGAAUAAAGAAAAAGAAUUUCAAAAUAUUAUAGAUCGUAAUGGACCAAGGACAAAUGAUCUCUUGCAACACAUAUACCACCAUCCUUCAAGUCCAGGCAGUAUAGCAGUUUGUUCGAACUUGCUUUAUCAGUUAUACAAUCGACUAUCAACUGAAAGACUAAAUAAAAUCCCAACGAUAUUGCUGGGCCAUUCCCUUGGUGAAUUAACUGCUCUAUCCAUAAAUAGUCUUUUUUCGAUCAAUGAUCUCUUCAAGAUUGCGAACUAUAGGAACGAACUAAUGAUAAAAUACACUGAAAAAUAUCUACUAGCGCACAAAAUGAACCUAUCGACGAAAUUUGAAAUGUGGGCUAUCUCAUCACCAAACGCUACAAACUUGGCUAAUCAAAUCAAUAACCUACUACAAUCAUUGAAAUAUGUCACACCAACGAUAUCAAUAGCAAACGUGAAUUCAAUGAAACAAUGUGUCGUAACGGGACUCAUUGAAGAUCUAGAAAAACUUAGAAUUGAGUGUCAAACAAGUUUCCCCAAACUGAGAAUAACAGAAUUAACGAAUCCCGAUAAUCUAGCAUUUCAUAAUAAUACCGUAUUGGGAUCCAUCCAAGAACCGCUGUAUGAUUACAUUUGGGAUGUAUUGAAAUUAAGCGGCACAAACGUAAUAACAAAUUUAGAUUAUCCUAUCAUUUCAAAUUUAGAUGGUAAUGUCUCUUCUGUAGUUCAUUUUGCCAUUGAAAAAUUCGUCAAAUGCAGUAGCCAUACAGUACAAUUUACUAAAUGUUACGAUACUAUAAAUUUUAAUUACAGGAUAGACCAGAAUGUCCUCUGUAUGGGUCCAGGGAAUGUUAUAUUCAAUCUAAUAAGAAGAAAUUGUAAUUUUAAUAGAUGUUUUGAAUAUUCUUCAUUAGCUACUAUUGAUGAGUAUCAUAAUUACAAGAGUGAGAUUGCGAAUUUGUGA